AUGCUGUCCUUGUGGAUAGGUCUAUUUGUAGCAUACCUGUCGGCCACAUGGAUUUCCCUGCAGCAAGCAGUAAAGCCAGCAGUUCCAUGCAGGCCAGGUUCCAACCAAUGCUUUCAACCCUUGCUGUCGCCCUCUGAACCAAUGACACUCGAACUUCGAUUGUAUCAGCCAAGUGAUGAAGAGCAGGAUAAUUCGUACCGAUGGAGAGUGGUGGAGUCCUGUAUGCUCAACUUUUCUCUUCCAUCGUCAAACUUUAAUCCAAUACAUCUGACAAAGAAUGAGACUUGUGAGGUUCCAAUCCCCAAUUUCGCUAGAUUUCGGUCACCAGACGAGAGUCAAGUACGACCCUUGAAAGCAAGGUUUAUUUUGCGACUGCAAAACAAUUACAUUGCAGCUGCUAUCCCAUUUGAUCUGACACGGAUCAACUUUCGGCGCGAUGGGACUUAUUCCAACAAACAGGCUCCGCGAAACUUGAUGGAAGAGCCAUUGGCUGCUUCGAAUCGCACGCAAAAGGAAAAACCAGUGGGCGAUACUUGGAUCCCAUACCUGAAGUACGGCAGAUCCCCUGUCAGAAUCCGCAUUGUAUCCGACUUUCGGGAAUAUGGUGUUUUGCAACGGAACGAUGGGGCAAAACUUGAGGCAUUCAAUCGCACGGCCUACAGGCCAAUGGUUUAUGUGGACGACUUGGCGCUCCCACAUUCCUCCCAGAAUGAAUUAGGGCCACCAGAAGCCAAUAAGCCUCCAGUCAAACUGCAAAUCAAGAUUGGGGCCAUCCCUCCGAUGGUGGACAGCUUGAACCAGCAGUUCCAGGUAGCAUUUGCAGGUGUGGAGUCCUUUCUCCCAGGCGAAGACUUGGACGAGAUACGGUAUCUGCUGCAAGAUGAAAAGCUGUAUCGUUUUGCCUUGACUCAGGUCAUAUCCUAUAUUCAUAUUUGGGUUGAUUACUUAGCCUUUCGAGAUGAAAUUGGAUUCUAUCGUGGCAAGGAAAACAUGUCUGGGGUAUCAUCGUCCACUGUAAUUUUGCGAUUCAUCUGUUCUUUCAUCAUUUUGCUGUACCUACUGGAUGGAGGAAGCACUAGCUGGGUGGUGUUACUCAGUCUUAUUAGUUCCUGUACAAUAGAGGCUUGGAAAGUAUGGAAGUUGGUAAACCCACAACUGAGUCUCAAAUUUCCCUUUUUGAUAUUCCAACCGUACCAAAACGCCAAGGCAAAGGAGACUGCCGAGUACGAUCGCAUGGCCACAAAGAAUUUAGCGAUGAUCCUAUAUCCGCUUGUCAUUGGAUGGUCAAUCUACGCUUUGAAGCAUUACCAAUACAAGUCUUGGUACUCAUGGUUGGUUUCGAAUUUGGCCAAUGCCGUUUAUACAUUUGGUUUCAUAUCGCUAUGCCCUCAGCUAUAUGUCAACUACAGACUCAAGUCGGUUGCACAUUUACCUUGGAAGGUAUUUAUGUACAAGCUAUUCAACACGUUUGUGGAUGAUGCCUUUGCCUGGCUGAUCGAUAUGCCGUGGAAACACAGAAUCAUGACUCUGAGGGAUGACGUUGUGUUUAUCAUGUUUCUUGUUCAAGUUUACUUGUACAAAGUGGAUAAGUCGCGGGUCAAUGAAUUUGGGUAUGCUUUCGAAGAAUCCAAACAGGAGGAGCCUUCCAAUGAGCAAAAGAAGAAAACAGACUAG